CACGCUGACGGGAGCCGCCGGCUCUUGUGUCCCCGCCGCAGGUGUGAGAGACGCGCCUGACUCGGCCCCCCCGCCCCGGCCGGCGCCAUGGGCACGGUGCUGUCUCUGUCGCCCAGCUACCGGAAGGCCACGCUGUUCGAGGAUGGCGCGGCCACCACGGUGGGGCACUACACGGCCGUGCAGAACAGCAAGAACGCCAAGGACAAGAGCCUGAAGCGCCACUCCAUCAUCUCCGUGCUGCCCUGGAAGCGCAUCGUGGCCGUGUCGGCCAAGAAGAAGAGCUCCAAGAAGGUGCAGCCCAACGGCAGCUACCAGCCCAAUGUCACCCACCUCAAUAACGAGAACCUGAAGAAGUCGCUGUCCUGUGCCAACCUCUCCACCUUCGCCCAGCCCCCGCCCGUGCCGCCGCCCGCCCCUGCCGGCCAGAUCUCCUGCUCCAAGAGCGCCCUCUCGUCUGCCAAGAAGGCGCCGCACCCCGGCACCGCCCCCGCUGGCACCCCCAAGAGGGUCAUCGUCCAGGCCUCCACCAGCGAGCUCCUGCGCUGCUUGGGUGAGUUCCUGUGCCGGCGGUGCUACCGCCUCAAGCACCUCUCGCCCACAGACCCCGUGCUGUGGCUGCGCAGCGUGGACAGGUCCCUGCUGCUCCAGGGCUGGCAGGACCAGGGCUUCAUCACACCGGCCAACGUGGUCUUUCUCUACAUGCUCUGCCGGGACGUCAUCUCCUCAGAAGUGGCCACUGACCAUGAACUGCAGGCCGUCUUGCUGACCUGCCUGUACCUCUCCUACUCCUACAUGGGGAACGAGAUCUCCUACCCCCUCAAGCCCUUCCUGGUGGAGAGCUGUAAGGAGGCCUUUUGGGACCGUUGCCUCUCCAUCAUUAACCUCAUGAGCCCCAAGAUGCUGCAGAUCAAUGCGGACCCGCACUACUUCACCCAGGUGUUUGCCGACUUGAAGAACGAGUGCAGCCAGGAGGAGAAGGGCCGGCUGCUCAUCGGGCUGGACCGGUGAACGCCCGCCGCCCGGGGACUGAGGGAACAAUACAUUUUUGUUUUCAUUUAUGGGACGUGAAUCAGGGUUGUGCAGACACUGGACAGGUCAGCGGGGCUGCCAGGGACCCCGCAGGCAGCAGCACUGACCCUCAGACGCUUAGGCUGGUAGGGCUUUGGUCACCAAGAAGCUCUACAGACCCGGGGGAUGUUUUUUUAUCAUGCUCUAGUGGCCAAGAUCUAUUUGGUUUCUGCAGCCACAUGGGACAUGCCUUGCUACCUCCACUUACCAUAUUCAACGCUGGCUAAGCCUAGGGAGGACCUAAGUGGAGCAAGUGCAGAGCAGUGGGAACCCUUGUGGUUGGUGCCGGCUUUGCUGAGACAAUACACGUAGGGAUUAUCCGCACUGUAAUUCUAUACAGUUGUAAGCUGGAGGCUCGGACCAGUGACUGGCAGGAAAUCAUGGCAUGUACGUUCCUAAUGGGAAUGGCAGUGGAUGAACAGGGCAAUCCAAUGGAUUCUUGAACAUUUGGUUUUUCCCAGUGGGUUCCACUAUUUUGAAGCUGGCUGGUGUUCAAAGCUGCACGCAGUGGGGAAAACAACUACAGUGACCUUAAAAAAAACAAAUUGGCAUCAGUCUCCCAAACAGACUUUCUUGCAUGUAACAUGUAGUUAGUGGCCAGCGGCCGAACAGGUGAUGAGCUGGGAUUGUCAGCACCUUUGGCCCCACCCUGGGGUUUUACCCGUUUAAUGCUCAAAAUUCCCAGAUUAGGGAAACGGAACUCCUGACAUUAAGCAGGAAGAAGGGUUUCUCAUGCAGGCUUGGAAGCGUCGUUCCUCGUCCGCGAGGCAGCUGAACAUCCUAGGCGAGUUCGCAGUGUCCUCAAGCAAUUGCUCCUUGCUGAAGUACCCAAGCAGCGAGGUGGCCAAGCUGGGGUUGGAGGGAGACAGCUCCUGGAGAUUGUUUUGUUCUGGUGAACCAUUUUACGCUGGUUAGUACAAUGACUGUCUGCAGCCUAACCUGGUCCAGUUGAAAUAUGGUGGGUAUUCUUCUGUUCAUGUAGAAGUAGGGUCUGUAUUGAUGUCGGCUUUACUAGAGGUUUAAUGGCACUAUCAGUUGCUUUCUGUCGUCUGACUGGCCAGCCUUUGUGGAAUUUGUCAUGUUUAGCAUUCUAACCUGGCACCUGCUGUCACAGCCAACCUCUGAUGCUCAAGCAAGUUAUACAUCAUGUUUCUUUAAACAAAAAAAGGGAGGUUGUUAACAUCCUUCAAAAGGAAAGGCUCACAACCAAAUGGCCCAUAGGGGACCAGGGCUUGUAGGCUAAACAUGAAAUAUUAAUGCACCCUUGAUUGGCUUUGAAUCUUGUUAAUUUCACUUACCCUUAAGUGUCAUUUAAGAGACCAACUUUCCUGGUUCAAGAUACAAACACACUUCAAGUACUGCUGAAAAGGGAAUUCAUUUUAUGGGCUAAAGACUGUAGGUAAGCUUAUCCACUGGCUUUAUUAGCUUCUUGAGAAGCCAGAGGUGGAGAAGAACCAAGUCUAGAUUUUUGUAGCAUUAAUAGAUCUGCAGACAAAGACCAGUUAGAAAACCUUUAAAGGCUUCUUCAAAUCCAACACUCUAGGCUUAAGGAUGCUGGCAUUCUGGCAGGGGAGGGGGGUGGGGGGGCUGGGCUUUAUAUUUAACAGUGUUAGAGUAGAUUGCUGCUCAUUUGAGCAGUAAGCACUAUUUAAAAUGUAAAGGAACAGAAAGCUGUGAAAUUCAAGGUCUAGGCUUAAGGGGUUUGAAGCAGAAAGGAACCAGUUUUGUAAUAUCCAAGACUGCUGGAUUUACAAAUGUAGGGAGAGCCUGCAUUGCCUCUGAGGCUAGGCCCAAAUCUGAGCCAUUAACACACACUGACCAUAAGCUAACCCUUCCUCAGACACAGAGCUGGAAAGGCACUUUGCAGCCAGUUGGCUAGCAAAUGUAUGAGGGGGAGAUCAAGUCUCCUGUGGUCUUUGUAGAUGGCUUCCUCAGCUCCCUCCAUUGCACAUUUGCUGUUCUAAAAAGGACAGCAUCAUCUGGCAAGCAGUUAGGAAGCUCAACUUGUUGCCAACACAGGCUGAACACAUUAGGUCCUACUUGUUUUGAGGACAGACCAGAUUCCAGCUGUGUGUCUGGGAGAGCCAUUUCUCUCUCUUCUCUAUCCCCUUUAUUUAUUUAUUGUUUUUUCAAGACAAGUUUCACGAGAGGUUCGGUUUAAGAGAAGUAAGUGCUCCUGUAUCAUUACAUCAACGUGAAAUGUAUUGUUCCCAUUGUGCACUGAUCAUAAGUAUUGUGUAAAGGAUCAACUGAUAUACUUGAGUGUGCAAGCAAUGAAAGAAAUUUACAUGCUGCUAUAUGAAUACUUUUAGAACAAAAAUACUAACCUACAAAAAAACCCCUUCUUUAUUCUUUCAUCGUUGCUUUUACAGUGGUAUCGUGCAUGCAAACAGAAGCAUUUUGUGUCUUCAAAAAACAAACAAA